AUGGCUCCUCUUGACAACCUCGCCGUGCCAAAGGGCUCUACUGUCCUUGUUACAGGAGCUAACGGUCUCCUGGGCUCUCAUAUUUCCAAGCAGUUCCUUGAGUUUGGUUACAACGUCCGUGGAACUGUUCGUAACCCCGAGAAGAACGUAUGGCUCAAGGCAGCCUUUGAUAAGGAAUACGGACAAGGACGCUUUGAGUUCUUCCAGGUUCCCGACAUGGUGGCUGAGGGCGCUUUCGACGAGGCCGUGAAAGGUGUCGCCGUUGUUGCGCAUUCAGCCUCCAACAUGUCUCUGGACCCCAACCCCAACAACGUUAUCCCCGGUGUAAUUGCCGGAGUCGUCAACGCGUUGAAGGCCGCAUAUGCUGAGCCGAGCGUAAAGCGCUUCGUCUACACAUCGUCUUCGUCUGCUACCGUCAUUGCAGAGCCUUCCCAGACUGGCAUCAACGUAACAGAGGAGACGUGGAAUGAGGAUGCUAUCAAGAAGGCCUGGGCUGACCCUCCGUAUACUAUGGAGCGAGCCGCCGAUACCUAUGGUGCUAGCAAGGCUCAGGCAGAGCAGGAGGUGUGGAAGUACUACAAGGAGCACCGUGACGAGCGCCCUGACAUCGUCGUUAACACCGUGCUUCCCAACUUCAACUUUGGGCGAUCGAUUGACCCAGUAAACCAGGGAUACCCGAGUAGCUCUGCUCUGCCUGUCCUUCUUUACAACGGCCUGGUGACCGGUGUCCAUCGCCUCGUGGUUCCUCAAUACUUCGUCGACGUCGACGACACCGGCAGACUACACGUCGCAGCCGGAAUCCUAGACCACGUCAAGGGUCAACGCAUCUUUGCAUACGGCGGCCGAUUUAACUGGGAUGCAGUGUUGGAAGUCCUCAGAAAGACUGAGCCAAGCAAGACGUUCCCCGAGAACUUUGCCGGAGGUCGAGAUGCAAAUGAGUAUGAGGGUCGUGCCAAGGCGGAGCAGCUACUGCGAGACUUGGGCCGUCCUGGAUGGACGACGCUCGAGGAGACAAUUGUGGCAACUGUUGAAGGCCUGCGUGAGGCUGGCGAUAAGCUCAAGGUUAGAGACUACGAGGAGCUUGACCUGUAG